AUGGAGGCUGCGACUGCGACUGCAACUGCGACUGCGACUGAAACUGAUGAGCCGGUUUCCAGGGAGCUGGUGUCUGUGGCACAUGCUCUUUCUCUUCCGGCAGAGUCUUACUGCAACGAUCCUGAUAUUGAGAUGGCUUGGGCCAUGAGAGCAAUGCAACAUGCUGAAGUCUACUAUAAGCUGAUUUCAUCAGUUGACCCACAGUUCCUGAAACUUACCAAAGUGGAUGAUCAAAUAUACUUUGAGUUCCGGGAAAUUUUUGAGAAACUCAGAAUCGAUGUAUUGGACCCAGAAGAGCUCAAAUCAGAAUUAGCUAAAGAGAAGUGGAGACCAUUCUGCUUGAAGUUUGAUGGGAUUAUAGAAGAUUUCAACUAUGGCACUUUGCUGCGACUAGAUUGCUCUCAGGGCUACACUGAGGAAAAUACCAUCUUUGCUCCCAGAAUACAAUUUUUUGCUAUUGAAAUUGCUCGGAACCGGGAAGGCUAUAACAAAGCAGUUUACACCAGUGUGCAGAGCAAAGGAGAAGAGAAAAGACCUGACAAAGAAAGAGAAAAAGAAGCCAAAAGUGGUGGAGAGAGAGGAACUGACAAAGGAGGAGAAAAAGAGAACACUGACAAAGGGGAAAAAGAGAAAAAAGCUGACAACAAAAUCAACAAAGGCAGUGUAACAGCUGUGUAA